CAGAGCUCCGGCAAAACCCUUCAGUACCAUCAACUCUUCCAGCCGCCAAUAACAGCCAUAGCUGCCAACCACCCGAAAUCACAUCAACACCGCCACGCGCCACCGCUAUUGUCUCCCUUUUCUUCUAUUUUCCGUUAUUGGCUCACCGGAAAGUGAUGACCGGCGAGCUCCAAACGCACUAUUACUGCUGCUACCCGCCUGAAAAUACGGUAGAUCUAGCCGAUUUUUGCGUGUAUCCGGUGUUGCUUCGGUAUCCACCGUCGAAGCAACGCCAAUUCUUAAUAUUUUCUCCUCUACAGAUUUUGUUGUUUAGGGUGCUCUUAACAUUUUUUUUUAGAUCGUUGGGAUCUUUUGACACUUUUGAUGACUUUGAAUUUUUUUGACAAAAUCUGGGUUGUCUCCAAUGAACAACACUGCUUUGGAAUUAUUUAGGACUGUUUUGGGUUAAUUGUAUAUCAUAUCUUUGCAUACUGAUUUUAACAUUUGUUUAAUUCA